AUGCUAAUACACGACACGCUAUAUAUUCUAAAUUCUGAGCUGGACAACGAACAAAAUUUCGAAGCAUGCACCGGAGGAAAAUAUCGAAAGAAAAAAAAAGCCACGUGUCGAAGCGACGGUUUUGGCGCCAGUAAACGCAGCUGUAACAUUGGACGCGUACCGAAUCUCAACUCUGUGACAAAAAGCUACCAGCGGGUCAAUAGUACAAGUCCAACAGAGCAAAUCUAUCAAAUGACUUUAAGCAACGACGGCGCAGCAUAUCGAGAAGUGAGCAGUGCAAUGCUCUCGUGCUGCUAG